AUGGCACCGUUGGCUGCUGGCUCCUUCGUUGAUCGACAGUUAAUUGGGCAGAGUUUCGUGCUGGGAACCGAGACAGACUUCCUGCCCCGGGGAUCUGGCAUUGUCACCAGACGCCCGCUGGUCCUGCAGCUGGUCAAUGCCUCCACAGAAUAUGCCGAGUUCCUGCACUGCAAGGGGAAGAAAUUCACCGACUUCGAGGAGGUGCGCCUGGAGAUCGAGGCUGAGACCGACCGGGUCACCGGCACCAACAAAGGCAUCUCGCCGGUGCCCAUCAACCUCCGAGUCUACUCGCCGCACGUGCUGAACCUGACGCUGGUGGACCUGCCCGGAAUGACCAAGGUCCCGGUGGGGGACCAACCUGCAGACAUCGAGUUCCAGAUCCGGGACAUGCUCAUGCAGUUCGUCACCAAGGAGAACUGCCUCAUCCUGGCCGUGUCCCCGGCCAACUCUGACCUGGCCAACUCGGAUGCCCUCAAGAUCGCCAAGGAGGUGGACCCCCAGGGUCAGCGCACCAUCGGGGUCAUCACCAAGCUGGACCUGAUGGAUGAGGGCACAGACGCCCGCGAUGUGCUGGAGAACAAGCUGCUCCCGCUGCGCAGAGGCUACAUUGGGGUGGUGAACCGGAGCCAGAAGGACAUUGAUGGCAAGAAGGACAUCACGGCUGCCUUGGCCGCCGAACGCAAGUUCUUCCUCUCGCACCCAUCCUACCGCCACUUGGCUGACCGCAUGGGCACGCCCUACCUGCAGAAGGUCCUCAACCAGCAACUGACGAACCACAUCCGAGACACGCUGCCCGGGCUGCGCAACAAGCUGCAGAGCCAGCUGCUGUCCAUCGAGAAGGAGGUGGACGAGUACAAGAACUUCCGUCCUGACGACCCAGCGCGCAAGACCAAGGCCCUACUGCAGAUGGUCCAGCAGUUCGCCGUGGACUUUGAGAAGCGCAUUGAGGGCUCAGGGGACCAGAUCGACACCUAUGAGCUGUCGGGGGGAGCCCGCAUCAACCGCAUCUUCCACGAGCGCUUCCCCUUUGAGCUGGUCAAGAUGGAGUUUGACGAGAAGGAACUCCGAAGGGAGAUCAGCUACGCCAUCAAGAAUAUCCAUGGCAUUAGAACGGGGCUCUUUACCCCAGACAUGGCCUUUGAGACCAUUGUGAAAAAGCAGGUGAAGAAGAUCCGAGAACCGUGUCUCAAGUGUGUGGACAUGGUUAUCUCGGAGCUAAUCAACACCGUUAGACAGUGCACCAAGAAGCUCCAGCAGUACCCCCGGCUGCGCGAGGAGAUGGAGCGCAUCGUGACCACCCACAUCCGGGAGCGCGAGGGGCGCACCAAGGAGCAGGUCAUGCUCCUCAUCGACAUUGAGCUGGCUUACAUGAACACCAACCAUGAGGACUUCAUCGGCUUUGCCAAUGCUCAGCAGAGGAGCAGCCAGAUGAACAAGAAGAAGGCUUCAGGGAACCAGGAUGAGAUUCUGGUCAUCCGGAAGGGCUGGCUGACCAUUAACAAUAUUGGCAUCAUGAAGGGGGGCUCCAAGGAGUAUUGGUUUGUGCUGACGGCCGAGAAUCUGUCCUGGUACAAGGAUGAUGAGGAGAAAGAGAAGAAGUACAUGCUGUCCGUGGACAACCUGAAGCUGCGGGACGUGGAGAAGGGCUUCAUGUCCAGCAAGCAUAUCUUCGCCCUCUUCAACACGGAGCAGAGGAAUGUCUACAAAGAUUAUCGGCAGCUGGAACUGGCCUGCGAGACACAGGAGGAGGUGGAUAGCUGGAAGGCCUCCUUCCUGAGGGCUGGCGUGUACCCCGAGCGUGUUGGGGACAAGGAGAAAGCCAACGAGACGGAGGAGAAUGGCUCAGACAACUUCAUGCACUCCAUGGACCCCCAGCUGGAGCGGCAGGUGGAGACCAUCCGGAACCUGGUGGACUCGUACAUGGCCAUCGUCAACAAGACCGUGCGCGACCUUAUGCCUAAGACCAUCAUGCACCUCAUGAUUAACAAUACCAAGGAAUUCAUCUUCUCGGAGCUGCUGGCCAACCUGUACUCGUGCGGGGACCAGAACACACUGAUGGAGGAGUCAGCCGAGCAAGCUCAGCGGCGGGAUGAGAUGCUGCGCAUGUACCACGCACUGAAGGAGGCGCUCAGCAUCAUCGGCGACAUCAACACGACCACUGUCAGCACGCCCAUGCCGCCGCCCGUGGACGACUCCUGGCUGCAGGUG